AUGGUGAACAUAACGGACAAGAUCAAGAAGAUUGAGGAGGAGAUGAGGAGGACUCAAAAGAAUAAGGCAACCGAAUAUCAUCUGGGUCUCCUAAAGGGAAAGCUUGCGCGGCUCCGUGCCCAACUCUUAGAACCAGGGCCGGGCUCGGGCGGUGGUGGCGGCACCGGUUUUGAUGUGAGCAAAAGCGGCGAUGCCCGGAUAGCACUAGUCGGUUUCCCCUCGGUGGGCAAGUCGACUUUCUUGUCCAAGGUCACGAAAACGAAGUCCGAGGUCGCCUCGUAUGCGUUCACAACACUCACUGCCAUUCCUGGCGUUCUCGAGUACGGUGGCGCCGAAAUUCAGCUGCUCGACUUGCCGGGAAUCAUCGAAGGUGCCGCAGAAGGCAAGGGCAGAGGGCGGCAGGUUAUCUCGGCGGCAAAGACCAGCGAUCUCAUUCUCAUGGUCCUCGACGCGACCAAGAGUGCUGAGCAGAGGGCACUGUUGGAAGCCGAGCUAGAAGCUGUAGGCAUUCGGCUGAACCGCGAACCUCCAAACAUCUAUCUCAAGCCAAAAAAGGCAGGCGGCAUGAAAAUCACCUUCCAGUCCCCGCCCAAAGGCCUCGACGAGAAGAUGAUCAUGAACAUCCUGCGCGACUACAAGCUUCUGAACUGCGAAGUGCUCGUCCGCGACGAAAACUGCACCGUCGACGACUUGAUCGAUGUCAUCAUGAAGGACCACCGCAAGUACAUCAAGUGCCUGUACGUCUACAACAAGAUUGACAGCGUGUCGCUCGACUAUCUCGACAAACUGGCCCGCGAGCCGCACACGGUGGUCAUGAGCUGCGAGCUGGACCUGGGCAUCCAGGACGUCAUCGACCGGUGCUGGAAGGAGCUGAACCUGAUACGGAUAUACACGAAGCGCAAGGGUGUCGAUCCGGACUUCAACGAGGCGCUGAUCGUCCGGAACAACAGCACCAUCGAGGACGUGUGCGACCGCAUCCACAGGUCGCUCAAGGACACGUUCAAGUACGCGCUGGUCUGGGGCGCGAGCGCGAGGCAUAUCCCGCAGCGGGUAGGGCUAGGCCAUGUUGUGGCGGACGAGGACGUGGUUUACAUUGUCAGCGGGUGGAAGGCGUAG